UGGAUCAGGCAAGGCUGGAACAGAGUGUGCGCCUUCAGAAGGGAGCCAGCUGUUCAGCGCUGCCCUAAAGUGUCUCAUGAACAGUGUUGUUAAAGCAGCUCUUUGCUUUAGUUUGUUGGUAAUAAUGUCAAACGUGGGGUCGACCGCAGCGCGAUUCAAAUCGGUAGAUUAUGAGAUAAGUGGCCGAGUACAGGGGGUCUGUUUCAGAAUGUAUACAGAGGAUCAAGCAAGAAAACUUGGUGUUGUGGGAUGGGUUCGAAACACCAGGAGAGGAACUGUGGAUGGACAAGUGCAGGGCAAGGAAGAACUGGUGGAAUCAAUGAAGCAUUGGUUAAGCAAAGUGGGAAGUCCAAGUUCACGGAUUCAUCAGGCACAUUUUUCAAAUGAGAAGGAGAUCAACAAACUGGAUUUCAGCAAUUUCACCACCAGAUACUGAGAGUGUCGGUAUCAUUGGUCCUCAAACAUGAGCUGAAGCAGCCAGUUGGAAUCAUGUUAGCAUUGUUCAUGUUCAGCUGAGUGCCUUUAAUUGCAUGACUGCUGCUUGUUGGAAUAGAUCUCCCUUCAUUAUUAAAAUAUGCAAUAAUCUACUAUUAAAGGAGUGAUAUGAUAAAGCUUGCACUAAUAUACACAAGGAUCUUCCUCUGCAGAACUGCAUAAAGUUUUCUUUCAAAAGGUGCUAUUAAGAGUGUACAUUCUUGGAGACAGCCUUUUAUGCUGCUUUAAGGAAAUGCUCCAGAAUAUAUAUUUUAAAAUGAUGAACUGAUUAGAUUUUCAAAGUGAGUAAGAAAGUAAAUGAUUGUCAACUAUAGUAUUUAAGUCAUUUUAAUUAUUAUGCAUAAAUUGCUUUUUAAGUAUCAUAGUUCCAAAACUUGUUUGAAAGCUGGAACUAAUAUAAAAUAUCUUUAAGCUUUCUUUUUGAU